AUGCAAGACACAGGAGAAGAGCCCGACUGCAAUAUCUACCUGGCGCGGAUGACCUCAACUAGCCCGGCAAUUAUUGUCCUUUACCGCGCUUUUGUCAAUCGCCAGCCAAUCUCUUACUUUUGGUCACCGUUAAUUCAACACGGUCGCGUCGCUAUUGUGACCGGCUCUGGUCGUGGUUUGGGGCGCGAAUAUGCCCUCCUCCUCGGCCGCCUUGGGGCUGCAGUAGUCGUGAACAGCACCACUCCUGCAACAGCAGAGGCCACAGCAAAGGAUAUUAUCGAGGCUGGUGGGAAAGCCAUCGCCCAUGUUGGUAACGUGGCAGACCGCGAGCUUGCGAAUGCCCUCGUGAAAACCGCAGUCGAUAAAUUCGGACGCAUCGACAUCGUCAUCAAUAACGCCGGAGGAGCCAAUGGUUCUGACUUCGAUCGCAUUUCAGACUCUCAGCUUUGGGACAUGCUACGGGUCCACCUGGGAGGAUCGUGGAACGUCACACAGGCAGCCUGGCCAUAUAUGAAAAGCCAGAAGUUUGGUCGCGUCGUACUGAUCACGUCGCCCAUUAUGUUUGGGAGCGCCCAGCAGUCAACCUAUGGGGCUGCUAAGCUUGGCCUUCUGGGGUUGGCCAAGUCUCUCGCGAUUGAAGGGAAGGAGCACAACAUCUUUGUCAACACAGUUGCACCUAUGGGUUUCACUCCUGGUUCGGCUGCGAGCGUUCCGGAUGAGCAGACCCAGAACUUCAUGAAGGAGCACAUGCCCGCUCGCGAUGUCGCCCCCACAGUGGCGUGGUUGGUCCACGAGGACUCCAAAGUCAAUGGUGAAGCUGUCGCCGCUGUUAGUAGGCUUGUUACCCGCAUCUUCUUGGCUGAGACCAAGGGCUUCUUUGGCUCUGCGGACAAAGAUUGGACCAUUGAGACUGUCAGGAACAAUUGGGAUAAGGUGGUUGAUGAGAAGGACUACUCCGUCCACACUGACAUAGCGGAGUUUGGCCCCAAGAUUUUCCAGCGUCUUGCCACAGGUCAAUGA